GAUAUAGAGAUUGCAUUUUGAAAAUCAGUGAAUGGAUCUAAACUUUACAUUGGCCACAUGAUGUCGCUGUACACCACAAAGUCUUGUCAAAAGGAGCUACUGAUCACUAAAAGUAAAGGAGGAAGCUCCAUUUUGUCACUGCCUGAAGAAGACAGAAACGGUAAAGAGAUAAAUGAUUGGAAAUAUUAGAUAAAAAUAGCAUGAUUUUGAAGUAAGGAGAGAGCAUAAAAAAGGUGUAGUCCUUUUGCAAUGGUGUUUUCUAGGAGAGGAGGCCUGGGAGCCCAGGAUCUGCUUCUUUCGCUUCUGCUCCUCGCAGCCUGGGAGAUGGGGAGCGGCCAGCUCCACUACUCGAUCCCGGAGGAAGCCAAACACGGCACCUUUGUUGGCCGCAUUGCUCAGGACCUGGGGCUGGAGCUGGCGGAGCUGGUGCCGCGCCUGUUCCGGGUGGCGUCCAAAACACACGGGGACCUUCUGGAGGUAAAUCUGCAGAAUGGCAUUUUGUUUGUGAAUUCUCGAAUUGAUCGCGAGGAGCUGUGCGGGAGGAGCGCGGAGUGCAGUAUCCACCUGGAGGUGAUUGUGGACAGGCCGCUGCAGGUUUUCCAUGUGGAGGUGAAGGUGAAAGAUAUUAACGAUAAUCCACCCGUCUUCAGAGGCAGAGAACAAAUAAUAUUUAUUCCUGAAUCUAGACUCCUGGAUUCGCGUUUUCCGAUAGAAGGAGCUGCUGAUGCAGACAUUGGUGUUAACGCUCUUCUAGCGUACACCCUCAGCCCGAGUGAUUAUUUCUCUUUGGAUGUACAGUCAAGUGAUGAACUGAGUAAAUCUCUUUGGCUUGAAUUGAGAAAAUCUUUGGAUAGAGAAGAAACACCAGAACUUCGCUUAUUACUGACAGCCACUGACGGGGGUAAACCGGAGCUGCAAGGUACAGUUGAGCUGCUGAUCACCGUCCUCGACGUUAAUGAUAACGCCCCACUGUUUGACCAGGCCGUAUACAGAGUCCACUUAUUAGAGACUACAGCAAAUGGAACAUUAGUGACCACAUUAAAUGCCUCCGACGCUGACGAAGGUGUAAAUGGUGAAGUUGUCUUUUCCUUUGACAGUGGUAUUUCUCAUGACAUUCAAGAAAAAUUCAAAGUUGAUUCCAGCUCAGGAGAAAUCAGGUUAAUUGAUAAACUGGAUUAUGAAGAAACAAAAUCCUACGAAAUUCAAGUAAAGGCAGUUGAUAAAGGAAGUCCUCCGAUGUCAAACCACUGCAAGGUUUUGGUGAAAGUGCUGGAUGUAAACGAUAAUGCUCCAGAACUGGCGGUCACUUCAUUGUAUUUGCCUAUCAGAGAGGACGCUCCACUCAGCACCGUCAUCGCCCUCAUCACCGUGUCUGACCGUGACUCAGGUGCCAACGGGCAGGUGACUUGCUCCCUAAUGCCCCGUGUACCCUUCAAGCUGGUGUCCACCUUCAAGAAUUACUACUCGUUAGUGCUAGACAGCGCCUUGGAUCGCGAGAGCCUGUCGGUCUUUGAGCUGGUGGUGACCGCGCGGGACGGGGGCUCGCCUUCGCUGUGGGCCACAGCCAGCGUGUCCGUGGAGGUGGCCGACGUGAACGACAACGCGCCAGCGUUCGCGCAGCCCGAGUACACAGUGUUCGUGAAGGAGAACAACCCGCCGGGCUGCCACAUCUUCACGGUGUCUGCGCGGGACGCGGACGCGCAGGAGAACGCGCUGGUGUCCUAUUCGCUGGUGCCGCCUCUGGGCAGCAACGUGACGCUGCAGGUGUUCGUGCUGGACGAGAAUGACAACGCGCCGGCGCUGCUGGCGCCUCGAGUGGGUGGCACUAGCGGUGCAGUCAGUGAGCUGGUGCCGCGAUUGGUGGGCGCGGGUCAUGUGGUGGCGAAGGUGCGCGCAGUGGACGCCGACUCAGGCUACAAUGCGUGGCUGUCCUAUGAACUACAGCCGGCGGCAGGCGGCGCGCGCAUGCCGUUCCGCGUGGGGCUGUACACGGGCGAGAUCAGCACUACUCGUGUUCUGGACGAGGCUGACUUGUCGCGCUACCGUCUUCUGGUGCUGGUGAAGGACCACGGUGAGCCGGCGCUGACAGCCACAGCCACUGUGCUUGUGACUCUGGUAGAGAGCGGCCAGACGCCAAAGGCCUCUUCGCGGGCGUCGGUGGGUGUCACGGGGCCAGAGGCGGCGCUGGUGGAUGUCAACGUGUACCUGAUCAUCGCCAUCUGCGCGGUGUCCAGCCUGCUGGUGCUCACACUGCUGCUGUACACGGCGCUGCGGUGCUCAGCGCCGCCCACCGAGGGUGCGUGUGCGCCGGGCAAGCCCACUCUGGUGUGCUCCAGCGCGGUGGGGAGCUGGUCGAACUCACAGCAGAGGCAGCAGAGGGUGUGCUCUAGCGAGGGCCCACCCAAAACCGACCUCAUGGCCUUCAGCCCAGGCCUACCUCCAAGUCUUAACACGUCAGAAAGAAAUGAACAACCAGAAGCAAAUUUGGAUCUUUCUGGUAAUGUAAGUCCAACUUUCGAGUUUUGGCUUUAAAUAGUUUUCACAUUUAACUUGUCUAAUCAUCUUUUCAAAUAUCACUUUAAAACAAUGUCUUCAAGGUGUUCACUAACGUUGAAAUAAAUCGUACCGUUGAAUGUAGAUAUCCUAUUAAUGCCAGUUUUGUCUCGAAUGGAAC